AUGGACGAGCCGGUACAAAGUCCGUCGGUGAGGAAGCGGCAAGCACACGACGAAUUUCAGAUCUCAAUAUCUGAGGCUCAAAAACAUCAAUUGCCUCGAGAAAAGAGACCCGUUAUAACACAGAUCUCUGAAGAGACUGGCAUUCCGUCUGAUAUUUCUAUGAUACGUCAAUACUCUACCAACUCUCACAGGCUGUCAGACCUGAACGCCACCAAUCAAGACUCAUCGACCUCAGGAGUGUCUCGUCGAAGGCGUCGACGUCUGGAAAAUUCUACCUUAUCUGGUCGUGACCAUACGCCACGACGCACCCGUGCGAAACGGAGACUGCUGUCCGUCAUUCUGACAGUUACUCUUGGGGUCUAUCUAAGCAAAUACCUUUCUCGGUGUGUCUUGACGCCCCGGCAUGCUGGCUUGAGUUCAGACACGAGUCCUCUUGGCGUUCAACAGGGGAAGUCCCCUCCUCUGAGUUCAGGUUCACGUUCUGCCGUAACCGAAAAAGGCCGCCGUCUGGCUGCUGCGGAGUGGGGUGGCGGCAGCGACGAAUCUCCGAAUACUGGAUCCCAGAGCGAGAGCAAGGAACCCAUCUGCGAGUACCCAGCAGCAAGUGGGGUUGCUAACGCCUCGAGUGUGCUCAGAUCUCAAGGCACCGGUCAUGCGGUUGUGGGCCCGCUUACAGGCGCAUCCUCUUCCUCGAGGGGACCAGCCGCCAGCGGUUGGGAGUUGGAAGCUUUUAGGGGCCAGACUGCAGGAGUUACCCACUCUGGCCACACGGAGGCAGCGCCGCUGAACGUUUCUGAGUUCCUCGAAACCAAUUUCGAGCCCGGGUCGCCUUCCUCCGAAGCUGCUUUGCUUCGCGAAAUAGCUAGCGUCGUGAUGAGUGCUGCUGCCGCUGCGUCCGAAGCACUGGGGAGAGUUCGUUUAUCGUCAUCGGGACUCCGGUUGGCCCUCCAACAUCUGGGUGAAGGGUAUGGCUGUUUGAUGGAAGAAGCGAAAUCCGUCGAAGCUGGGGAAAAAAGGGAAAGCAACGAUGAAGGCACGGCGGGACUAGAACGCCCUUCACGCAGUCGUAUCGGGGUGGCGGACACAGACAGCCCCACUGCGGAACCCAUGCCAAGCUCUCAGACUACGGCCAUCAAUCGAACACAGACUAGCGAAGCGCUUGGCAACGGACCUCGGCCCCUGUCAACGCGAAUAUCGUUUGUUUCACAAGUUAAUUCACGGUAUGGAAGAGGUUCCUCUUUGGCAACAAUUCAUGAGUCAGCUCCCUCGGAGCAGGCGGACCCCGGAGAUGAGUUCGACCCGUGGAGGCACAAUGGUGGAUCGAUGUUCACGGAUGUCGUGUGGGACGCAAAAGACGACGGUACACAACCUUCUUCCCUGGAAGAAGCGAUGUCAAUUGUGGGAAUGGACGAAGGCAUGGUCGGUGGAUGGAAUCCGUUCUCGUCGACAACAAGCACCAGUGACGCAUGGGGAAAAUUUGUAACCGACCAAAGUGAUGCCAGAGAGACCGCAGGCGAUGACGCCAAUGAUGUAACUGGCAGUCCGCCCCGCAGGCCAUCAUACAGUGAGGUCGUCAAGCAUGCUUCGCGGUCGCUCUCUGCACCUCCGAGGAGCACAGCGGCAAACGGACAAGGUAUGGCGAAAAGAGUGGCUGGCCUUGGACAGCGACUCACAUCAUCAGGGCAGCGACAGUCCGCCACUAGCCGAGACGUCUCAGGUGGGCGACGCCAUUAUCCCAGUGGACCUCGAGUGCCAGGACGAAGGCCCACCAACCGCUUCGAAAGCAUCGAUCGUUCAGCUUCUCAUAGGAGAGCAGGCGCGAGACCAAGCCUCCCCUCUAGGCCUCCACCAAAGCCUCCGCUGCCACAGAUAUCAAAAGUGGGUUUUGGCGCCUCAGGAACGCCCGUGCAACGGGGCGCCAGUCAGGGAGGGACGCCAUCAGGGUCUGAGAAACGCGAUGGUGGAGAGCCGUCGAAGGACGUCAAAGGACAGGGCGAGGAUGCAGGGCAACCCGGUGCUAGCGGAGGGCCACUGGGGGGUGCUGGAGGGGGAGGGCGCCGGCCUGGCGACGACGAGCGGGACGACGACAAGCGGAAGAAGGGUAAGGGGUCGUCGAGCGGUGGCGGGGAGAAGAAGAAAGAGGAGCAGGAGAAGAAGGCGAAGAAGGAGAGGGAUCAAAGGGAGGAGGCGAAGAAGGAGAGCAAACCGGUGGACGGUCGCGAGGCGAGGGGAAAAGAGGUGAAACAAGGAGGUGGAGGCUUGAGCAGUGACUCAGGCAAAGGAUCGACUGGUGAAAAGGCGGGGAAGAAGAAGGCGAAAAAAGACAGGGGUAGGCGGGCGAUUGAAGGGACUGCCGGAGACGUUACUGAUGCAGGGGUGACGAGUGAGGCGACGGGUGGGGUUCCGAAAGAAGCAGAACCGCAAAAGGACGGUGAGGACAGGGGUGUGCACGGUGGUGGCAGAGGAGGUGAAGGUCCAGGAUCAGCUGGGGCGACUGAGACUGGAGAUGCCCUGCAGCAUGACUCAGGGGGUAUUGGAUCUGGGUCCGAAGACAGAGACAAGAGCCGGUCUGAAACAGCAGCUCGUGAGAAGCAGGUCAGUAAGCGACAGAAGUCGAGUGGAGGAAGGCGGAAGAAGAAAGGUGCUAGUGUUGCGCCACAGACAGGACAGACGACAACCGGAGAAGCCCCGAGGUCAGCUGUAGACUCAGAAGGGGGAAGGGCGGGACCGUUGGCCGCAUCCGACAAAAACAAAGCAGGCACUGAUGAAGGCGGAAGGGAUGCAAAGGGAGAUGAGGAUGGAGAGGCCGCCACCGCGGGACCGCGGGCUGGGGCGCAGCAUACAGGAGAACACGGCGGAGAGACUGAAGUGGUGGGUGAGACGGUGAAGGUCGCUGAGGCGGACGAGGAGGGCAGUGACGCCGCCGCUCAGCGGGAAGCAUUACGAACAGGAGCAAGACCCAAAACGUCUUCCGCAGCAGGCAGACGCAAGCAGAAAAUGAAGGAACAGCAUGCAGAACAGGCAGAGUCUGUAUCGACUCGAGUGUCAGCCGCCGCAGAGGACCAGGAAGUAGCGUCACGCGGACGAGCGAGACAUCGCACACGUGCCCCUGAUACAAGGGCGGGAACAGGUGGUAGUCAUAAAGGUGUUAAGGCGUCUCUUGGACCUUCCGACGGCAAAGGAGGACAGGAUGGUGAUGUAACUGUGGUGUCGGGGAAGCCGUCGACGUGGCAGGAGGAUCAGGCGCCACAGGUGCGGUCCAGUCGGUUUACGUCCAUGGCACCUAGUUUGCGAUCUAAAUUGAGAAGCGUUGUUACGGACCAUCUCGCGGCGGUGGAGCAGCUAAAGGCUGAACCCGGCGGAGAUGAAUUCAUGGGUCUUAUCGGAUCGGACAAGUUUAUAGGAACUGCAUUUCGCCCUGCUCAAUAUCACAUGUUGACCAGAUUAAUUCUGUUAAAAGGAGAAUAUCUACACCGAUUAGAGGCUUUGUUCGAGGUCGCGUCUGGUCUGCAUAAGGCAGCUUUGGAACAAAGGACACAGGCUCGGCGGACGUCGGGGGCACUUCCAAAAGUGGCCACUGCCAGGAGUCGCGACGCCGGAUAUGACAUCAUCGGCAUCGACGAAUCUCCUUUCUCCGGCAUCAUAAUUGAAACUGCGACGGCUAGGGACACUGCCCGCCAGGAGUUUCAGCUCUUUCUUCAGGCGGAUACAGCGUGCCGGUGCGCAGAUAUAGCACGCGUGCAUCUGCCACCUGUCCCGGAUCUCGGCAUACCGCUGUUCCCCACUGAAGAAGGAUACGAUCCUGAUUCCCAGGAAGUUGUAUACACGUCGUCCGGAAUCGCUCUUCGAGCUGCAGAUCCGGUGUCUGUCGCUAUGAUUCUUAGAGAUACGUUGCUGCAGUGGCAAGCUCAGGUCGAAUCAGUCAUUUCAGAUGUAGAGGCGAAAUGGUGGGAUCCACCUUCUGACCCGGACGAGGCAAGGAGGCAGCACGAGCGAACGACAGCGGUUUUCAAAAUAUCAGCCACAUACGUGUCCUGGCACGUACUAGCUGACGCAAUGAAUUAUUGGGGACAUGCGACCAUCCACCUGACAGAUCCUGCUCUAAAAGCUGGGGCUCUAUCCGCUCUUAAACACGUCGCAUCCGCUCAAGAUGAAAUCAUUUUAUUGAAGCGAGAAUACGCGCAGGCGUAUUCCGCCAGCUACAGGCAAACCGCUAAAGCCAAUGUUAGGAAUCCUCAGAACCGAUGGGACCCUCUGCCUGAUAACGGACACGCCCCAGACGUACGGGGCGCUGCGGAGCUCGACGCUCAGGAAGGGCCUGCAGAUACACAGACAACGAAGGAACCGCCGGCAGAUGUGGCAGCCGUGCAAAAGACACACGAGGAGCAAGAAACGGAUGGCUCCGUCUGAUAACAGGCCAGGGCCCUCAAUAAUUCAUUGCGCCAUUUUGGAAUGCCCCUCUAGGAUUUCCAUUCCGUUUUUGUCUCGGGUGCUGCACCACAACUGAACACUGCUCUUC